GUGACAGAGCCGAUAGUGACAACAGUCAGUCGGCUCAUGAGUCAUGACACAUAGAAUCUCCUGCGCUGCUGUGUCCAGAGAUUGUGUCAUCAUGGCAAGAAUAUGUUUGUGGACUUUCCUGUUUACCCUGAUCAGAGUGUCUUGUCUUGUGCCGGGUGCAACCGCAGACAGCGAUUGCUCAAGGGACAACCUGUCUAUUGAGGGAGGACACUACACUCUAAGUAAACAAUUAGAGGCUGGCAGUGUGCUUGUCUACCACUGUCCAUCUGAGUACUUUUCUCCUGUCAGAACUCGACGUUGUCUGGGAAAUGGGAAGUGGGAUCCUCUUCCAAAGCGCUCGAGACCUAACAGACCUGGACUCCAGUGCAAACUUGUCAGAUGUCCUGACCCUCUUGGAUUUCAGCAUGGAUCAGUCUCGCCGUUGCAGGACAAAUACUAUGUGAAUGACACUACGACGUAUGAAUGCUUUUCUGACUACCAACUCUCUGGGUCUGAGACUCGUGUUUGCAAAGCCAACGGAAAGUGGAAUGGUAGCACACCAAUAUGCAGUCAUAACAGUCAUCACUGCCCAGAUCCUGGAGUUCCUGCAGGAACUCGCCGGACAGGUAACGAGUUCCACAUUGGUGACAAGGUCACCUACCGCUGUGAGGAUGCGCUGAUUCUGAUUGGCUCCAAGGAGCGCAUGUGCCAGGAGGGCGGAGAGUGGACUGGACAGGAGCCAGAGUGCUACUAUGAGUAUACGUAUGAUACGCCAGACGAAGUUGCUGAGAUAUUCAGCAAAUCCCUUCAAACGUCCUUAACUGAGGAGACGAAUACACAACAAGGGAAGAAAAUACGCCUGACUAAUGAUGGGAAUCUCCACAUCUACAUUGCCAUUGAUGCUUCGGAUAGUAUUGACAUAAACAUUUUUAAUAAGACAAGGGAGGUCAUUAAGAAGCUCAUUGAGAAGAUUUCCUACUAUGAGGUGACCCCCAUGUAUGACAUCAUAAUUUUUGCCUCAACGGUGACAACAAUUGUAAACAUAGCAGAUUACUAUACGGCUGCCCCGGAACUUUAUAAAGUCCUCGAAGAUUUGGACAGCUUUGAUUAUGACUCAAUCAGAGAUAAUGCAGGAACAAAUAUUGCUGAAGCUUUUAACCACAUUUACAAUCGAAUGAGCUGGUUAAACUCUAACAACGGCGCCAAGUUUAUGAACAGCAGUCACACCAUUAUCAUGUUCACUGAUGGUGAAGCCAACAUGGGUGGCAAACCGGAUGUUAGAAUCAAGGAAAUCGAAGACUUCAUAUCCAAACAGAAGUCAGCGACUCUUGAGAUAUACAUGUUUGGUGUGGGUGAGGACAUACAGAGAGACGAUCUCAAUCAUUACGCAACGAAAGGCGACGGAAAGCAUGUAUUUUAUAUGGAGGACAUGGAUACACUACACAAGACCUUUGACGUAAUGCUCGAUGAGAGCAGCGUUGUAGGAUUGUGCGGACUUCACAGGGACUACAGCUUUGGAGAUCAAAGUCCUUUUAACCAUCCUUGGUUGGUUAAAAUUACUGUCAAGCAUGAAGGAGGCAAAGCCUCCAAGUGUUUGGGAUCCCUCAUCACUCCUCGCUAUGUCUUAACGGCUGCCCACUGCUUCAAGUUUGGAGAUACGAAUGAAAGCAUCGCUAUAACACUCAACUCUGGCGGAAUUGCAAAGGUGAAAAAACACAUUCCGCAUGAAAAAUUUAAUAUAAAAUCGAAAGAGAAGGAAGGAGUGCCUGAAUUUUAUGACUACGAUGUGGCUCUUAUUGAACUAGCUGAAACUAUUGAGAGCUCUGCCAAGAAAAGACCAAUCUGCAUUCCUUGCACUAAAGAAACGAGCGCUGCUUUGAAACUGUCUGGCAGUGAUGAUACAUGUAAGGGACACGAGAAGAUAUUGUUGAACCAAGACCAUGUGCAAGCGAGAUUUGUGACAGAUAAAAGUAAAAUGAAACAUGCCUUAAUCAAGCAAGGAACACAUCAGAGGACGUCCUGCUUUGAAAAGGCCACAUAUGCUAAAGACAUAUCCCCUCAAGUGAAAUACACAAACGUUGUGACUGACAGAUUCCUGUGUACUGGGGGGAUUGAUCCCCAGACUGAUGACGCUGCUUGUAAAGGAGAGUCUGGUGGUGCUUUGUUUCUUGAAAGGAACACCCGCUCAAUUCAGGUUGGAAUUAUCAGUUGGGGUGUGAAGGAUGUUUGUGAAGGGGGAUCAGUAAAAUCUAAUUCAAAACACAGUGACUAUCACAUCAGCCUCUUUGAAGUACAGCAGUUCUUGAGGACCAACAUGAAGGAUGGAGUAACAUUUAUAAACUGAAAUUAUGACCUCAUAUUUUCCAAAAAAACCCCUGUCUUUGUGUAAUUGUCAGUUGCUUAACUUUUGUAUGUAUGAAGACACUUUCAAUCUAACAUAGUGAAAACAUAAAGUGAAGUAAACAAAAAAUAAAGAUUACAUUUUGAAUUUGA